AUGAUCUUGCCAAUACCAAAAAAUGAUUUGAAAAAGACUCAAUUGGCUCUUGACGAUACAGAGAAGAAACUCGACCAACAAGUUACUCAGAACAAGAAGGCCUCAGACGAAAGAGAUGGGUGUAACCAACAAUUACAAGCAGAGAAGACAAAGACUGCUGCUUUGACUACGGCCAAGAAUGCAAAAGAUAAAAACAGAAAACUUGAUUCUUCUAAAAAAGAUGCUCAGAGAAAAAUUGCUGAGUUGACAAAGAGAAUUGAAGACGGACUUAAUGACUCUGAUAUGUUGAAAGCACAGAAGGCCGACUACGAAGCUCAAAUCCAAGCGUUGAAGGACGACACGGAGAAGACUGAAAAGGACUUGGCUGGUGCUAGAAAACGAUUUGGCAGAUUUAGAAGACGCUCGGCGGACAAUGAAAAAAGGACUAAAGCCAAAUCUGUUGUUGAUGCCAAAUUGAAAGACGCUGAAAGAGAAAAAGCUGCUCUUAAUGAAGAAGUUGAAGCCGCAAAUGAGAAGUUGAGAAUUACUAAGAAUGAUUUGGGAAGAACUAAAGCCGAAUUUGACCAACUCCAACAGAACUUUGACUACCUCAAGAAGAAUGCCGACACCGAUGCUGCUGAUAAAGAGAAACUCAAUGGAACUGUUAAUGAGAGCAAUAAGAAGAUUGAGGAAUUGAGUGCUAAAGUCGACGAAUUUUCUGGUGUUAUCACAAGAAAAGAACAAGAAUUUGCUGGAGCCAAUGAAGAGCUUGAAACAGUCAAGAAGGACAAAUUUGCGAAAGAAAUAGAAGCAAAGAAGUUGAAAGCGGAAAACGACGAAAUUAAAGAGAAGGUGAAAAACUUGGCUUAUGACAAAGACCAACUUUCUUCCGAAAAGAAGAAGCUUCAAGACGAAUAUGACCAACUCAUUAACUUAGUUAAUGGACACGAAGACGAGACCAACAACUUGAAUGGUUCAAUCAAAAAGUUACAAAGAGACUUAGAAAUAAAUAAGACUGAGUUGACUGAAUUAAGAGACAGAACAGCUAAUGACAAUGAGAAAAUAGUUGGAUAUGAAAAGUGGUCUGUCGAAGACGCUUCGAAGAUUGAGAAUUAUGAAUCACAUAUUAAGGCACUUGAAGCACAAAAGAAGAUGGCAUUGGACGACAAAACUGAAGCUGAAAAGACUGCUGCUGACCAAUCUGAUAAAAGAAAGAAGAUGGAAGACCAAGUCAAACACUCAAUGCAUAAGUUUCAAGAGAAGAACAUGUUGAAUGCAAGAAUUGCUGAAAUUCAAACUCAACCCGAUGAAGAAAGACAGAAAGCUGACAGUGCAGAUGCUGUUCGAAAGGCUGAUUUACAGAAGGAACUUGAGAAGGACAGAGCAAUGAAACAAAAACCCGACAAAAAAACUCAAAAACUUAGAGUUAAAGUCACCGAUUCAGAAGCUAAAUUGGCGGACGCUGGUGCCACUGGAGCUUCUAUUGCUAAAUUGAAAGCGAAAUAUGAAACAGAAUUUGAAGGAAUCGAAACAGAAAAGAAAGAAGCACAAAACGCGGCUGUUAAAGCCAAGAAACAAGCUAAACAGUAUACUAGAAAGGUUGAAGAGGCUGAGAGAAAGCUUGCAAAAUUCGAACAGAAGGAAUCUACAAUUAACACCCAAAUUAGUAAGAUACAAGCCGUUUGA